ACUGCUGUUAUUUGCUCUUCACUCUUAGAGGGAUAAAGAGAAAUCGUGCAAAUGACCCUGGGCUGUGGCACAGCCCCCUCUGCACUCACACACACACACAGAGGAUGCAAACACAGCCUUUGAAAUCCAGGAGGAUAAUUGAUGCUGUGACGGUGGAAGCCCACGGGGCUCCGGAGGGAGCUCAGGUAUAAAAGGCUCAGAUGAAGCUCCCUGGCAGCCAGAGGACACCGGGAGCUCCGGGAGUGCCCUCCCUGCCCGGCACAGCCUGCGGGCUCCCGGAGCAGCGCCCGAGGAGAACCUGGAUCUGCCGCUGGGGAAGGAGCACCUGGGCACGAGCUGAUCCAGGAGGAGUUGGUUUUCUCCAGGAAAGGUGACUCCAAGGGGUGGAAGAUGCUGGAUAAGGCCACCCUGCUCCUGUUCCUGCAUUUAGUCUCAUGCUCCACCUCCUCCCCUCUCUACCCAGCUCUCAGGUUCAGCCCAGGGCCGGUUGCUGGCAAGGCCAUGAGCUUCCAGCUGCAGCCCAGCAGCUCCCUGCAGAGCCACAGCCCCCUGGCACAGGAGCAGCAGGAGGAGGGCUUCCUAACAGACCCCACUGAGAAAAGGAUGCAGCGCCACGCUGACGCCAUAUUCACUGACAACUACAGGAAAUUCCUGGGGCAGAUUUCAGCCCGAAAAUUCCUCCAGACCAUCAUUGGCAAGAGGCUUGGAAGCAGCGAGAGCAGCCCAGGGGAGGGGCUGCAGGAAUUCCUGAGCCGGCGCCAGUCCGACAGCAUCCUGAUGGACAGCCAGUACCAGCAGCAGAUGGUGCUGAGGGACUUCCUGGGAGCCAUCCUGCAGAGCCACAGGCCUCAGGACAUUGACAGCAGUGGGCUGGAAGGCUUUCCCAGCACCCUGGCCAAGCUCAUGUAAAUAUUUCUCCCUUUUCACCUCCCCACGCUCUGAAUAAUUCAGAGCUCAUGGACCAAACUGUACAGUGAGCCCUUUGUGGCAGUGAAGACACUCCCAGAUGUGAGCAGCUGGAACCUGAUGCACACACUCCUCAGAUCUGAUCAGAGGAAUGCAGUGCUGAAGCACUACUUAAUUUACUCCAGUCUUUACAAUUUAACUCCCCUCUUGAAAUACUGCUCUGUACUAAAUUAGAAAACAAACCUCUGUGGUUUAACCUCAGGCUGCUAUACACAGAGACUAAAAGAAGUACACUUGUAAUCCUGGGGACAUCCUGUCUGCUAAUUAAGGUUUCAAAUCACAAAGUGUGGCAAAAUUUCUGCCAAGUCAUCUUUCUGUUUGAGGGCUUGAUUAAUAAAUAUGAGGCCACCAAAAGGCACCUUUAGGCAACUUAGUAAAUUGAUUACAGCGUUCUCCAAAUUGAUGCUGAUGGCACAGCCACACACAGCAAGGAUCAGGGAGAGGUGAGAGAUGAAUUCACACAUCUCCCAUUCACUGGAAACACUGCCCAGGGCUGCUGCUGCCUGCCUGACACAGAAUAAACUCUAAAAUGCUCAGCUAUGGUUCCUGCUCAGCCUUGAGGAGUUCAAGCUGAAGUUACAGCUCUGCCAGAGCUAAAGGAGAUCCCUGUGCAUCAGAUUGGGCUGUCACUGUUUCAACUCAACCUCCUGUUGCAGCUGUAAAUGUUUUAAAAGGAGUAAGUUAUUAGCCCAGUGAUCUCAUACAGCUCCUUGCUCUCUCUCACCCCAAUCCCCCUGUGGUUUGUGUAAUUAUGUCUUCAGAAAUGUAAAUAACACCAGGAUGGGGUCUGCUCUCCCAUCAGCAACAGGAAAUAAGAGUUGUUCUAAAUAAACCUGUCCAACAGCAGGUCAA